UAUCCAGACCUAUAAGGAAUCUUAUCAAUUAUUUGACCCCUCAAGUCAGUCGUUACUUCGAUGUCAAUCAAAUAUGUUGUUUCUUUGGGUGUUACUAACUAUACAUACGGUUCACGCGCGGGCUGGUUUCGGAAGGUCUUAUCUAGGAAAUUCACGGAUGUGUUAUAAUUGGACAUGUAUAAACGAAAAGUUGAAUCUCACAGACGAAUUACCACCAAAAGAUGUAUAUUCGGCAACAAUAAAUAGUCUGUUUCCAUCUGAAUGGCGGGAGGUUGCUGAAAGUGCCGUAGACUCCUGUUAUGGGAAUAUAACGAAGACAUAUACUAACACAUGCCCGGGACAGGCGUUGAUGCAUUGCGUUGUAGAUCAUUUGGUUAAGAACUGUCCAGCAAAUAAGAGUAGUAAGGACGACAGAUGCGCUCCAGUUUCCUCUCUCGCACCUAAUAACUAUAUGUUUUCGCAAAGUCGUUACAACAACCUUGAGAGUGGCAUAACUACAGAGCGUCGGCCGUCGUAUUUCCUUCGAAAUUAUUUCAAUAUGAAAUGCUGUGACUUACCGGACAUUCUCAUUGAGAAUAAUCUCGAAGAAUGUGGUUUCAAGAAAUUUAUGGAAUACCACCUUCAUGACAAACAAACCGAUCAGCAAUUUCAGUUAACUUUUCCUCACAAGGUUCAAAUUCCUACUACAAAGAAAUCUAUGUUGGAAGUGGAUGAUUCAGAGGAGGAAUGGGAUCCUUUAGAGUGCUGUGAUGUCAACGACUUUAUAAAAGAUUCAUGGCGUAGCGAAUGCCACCUUGAAAUGUCUUGGAAUGAAACAAAUAGACUUGGUUUCAUCGACAUUAGCUCUCACCUUCCACCAACGACCACAGAAAAAGGAGAACUUAAACGAAGCGACGUAAAAGUUGUUCCUUUAUCUUGCGAAAAAGAAACAUGUGUUUUCAAGAAAUUAAACAUUAUAUUGGAUUCUGGUGAAAUAGAUUUGCUUGCUUUUACCAAACUUUUGGAUAGUUUGACGUUAAAUUACCCAUCGUGGGAGAAAGCUAAAGCAAGGGUGACAACACAGUGCCUUACCAAAAUCCAUAGAAUAUAUGACGCUGAAUGUCAAAUUAAUGAGUUGCUAUCAUGCGUUAUGGAUGUGCUCUCUGAGAACUGUCCAAAUGUCAAUAAAGACCAUCCGUGCAAAGAUAAAGACACCAUCGACAAAGAUGUUAUCUGCCAGAUCAGUUCUGGAAAAUAUUCGCCGAAACUACGUCGACAAUUCUGUCCUAUUCCCAACUUGGUUCCCAAUGACGUGUUGUCAGAAUGCGGUGUUACAUCACUGUCCACGAUGCAAUAUGUACCUCAUUAUGAGAGAAAGAUGUCACGAUGGGAGAGUAGAUAUAAUUGUAAGGAAUUAACCCCACCAACCAGCUGUAUUUUAAAGAAGAUGGGAGUAUUAAAUCAAUACGGAUUCAUCGAUUACUUUAAAAUGAAGAACUGGUUACACAAAACCAGCUCAUCGCCCUUCUACGAGGUGUUUUUCAGCACGUUCCUGGUCACACCCAUGUAUCAAGAAUAUUGCAGUUCACCUAAAAAACUACUUAACAUUCUAGAUAUUAUGGUUACGACGUGCCCAGAGUCGAAGCGGACACAGAAUACGAAGUGCAAAAAAAUAUUUAAUGAAAUAAAAAACACACCGAAUGUAUCUCAGGAGAAACUUGACCAACUAUUUAAAGUCUUGUACAACACGACCGAAGAAUUAAAAGAAUUAAAACCAUCGCAAUUAAAUUCCGAAACACAUAGUAAUAAAAUGUUUGACUUUGGCAUUUUAGGAUCCGAUGCGCCUCCUGUCAAAAUAAUAGAUGUCAAACGGAAGCCAAAGACACUAGUAGUUUUACCCGUAUACCAACGUAUGAAUGCUUCCCAUUCAUAAAUCUUAAUAUUUACAUUUUUGUAAAGUAAAUAAAAUUAAUUCUAAAUUAAAAGAUGGUAUACAAAUAUGUUUGGUAUAAUUAUUAAGCUUUUAGGUUUCUUCCUAUUAAACACUGGAUAUUUUCCCUAUCAACAAUUUCAUUAUUAUCUCGUCAUACAUAUUCAACAACCAGAGACUAAACGACAAUCUGUCAAAAUCCGAUUGACAUAUGUUAUGAGAUGUCAGUGUUACUCGAGUUGUCAGAAAUUUUACGUCAAAUAGCCAUGGGAGAUUUAGUUCACUAAAACUUUACUGUAAAGUUGAGUUCUUGCUUGAUUUUAUAGUCUAUGCCCAAAGCCUUUUUAUUAAUUAUAAAACCAAAGUACUCUUUCUGUCAAAUUUUGUUAACACUGUGUUGAAGAGCUUAUGAACUCAUUAUGUUUUAAUAAGUGGAUAAGAAUUUACAGAUUGCAUGGUAACCAGCCAAGGCUAGUUCUCCCAAAUAACAACUAACACUAAGUUCUGUUCGCCUAACUUGUCUUUAAAUCUUUGUCAACUAAUUCAUAACUGAGCCAGCUUUGGAUGUAAUUCAUAUAGGGACGGUAAUUCAAUAAAAACAAAUUUAAAAGCAGUUUAUGUAUAUUUCUGUAAACAGAAACUAUUGUACUAAUGUUUAUUCUACAUUUGCAUUGUAUCAAGAAUUCAGUCUUGUAAUCCAAUAUGAAUAAAAUUUAGUAAAUGCA